AUGGCUGUGGUAGAACUUGCAUCCAAUUGUUGUACUGAUGAUGUCAUCUAUGACAAAGUAGUAGACAUUGGAAGAGUUGUCCCUGUGGGUUCAGUAUCUAUUCAACACAGUGUGGAAGGAAAGAUGUUUUUAAGGAAACUGUGCUUACUUUCAUUCCUCUCACCAUUUGAAGUUAAAACUAAGUUUUAUAAUUCAGAGAUGAGUGACUUGUUUCUUGAAAUCCAGAUUCAGAAUAUUUCAUCUUCAACUGUCUUUAUACAAAAGGUUUCCUUAAAGCCGUCUGAAAUGUACACUGGGGCAGAAUUAAAUACUGUCUAUCAGGCUGGAGAAGAUGAGUGUACCUUUGGAAUGAGAACAUUUUUGCAGUCAAUGGAAGGACGCCAGUAUUUAUACCACCUUCAGCUCAAGCAGAAAUUUUCAGAGAAAGCUGCUACCAUUAGAGGACUAGAAAUGGGAAAAUUGGAUAUAGUGUGGAAAAGAAAUCUAGGUGAAAUGGCAAUGCUACAGACAAUUAAAAUUGAACGAGAGCCUCCAGGUUAUGGAAACAUGAGGCUGUCUUUGGAGACAGUCCCAGAUACUGUAAUUCUAGAAGAGCCUUUUCAUAUUACCUGUAAGAUAACAAACCACAGUGAUUGGAAAAUGAAAUUGGUUUUGAAGAUGUGUGAUACAGAUUCUAUUUGUUGGUGUGGUGAUUCAGGAAGAUAUCUUGGAAAGCUACCUCCAAGUUCAACACUCAAUUUUACCCUGACACUACUCUCCUUACAACUGGGCCUACAAAGUGUCUCUGGCAUACAAAUAACAGACAAAUUAUUAAAGAAAAUAUACGUCUGUGAUGAUGUGGCAAAAGUUUUUGUAAUACUUUCCAUGGUUAAAAUGAGAAGCUGA